CGUUUACUUCACGUUAAAGCCGCUAGCCCAAGAGAGACAGGUUUUCGUCCAAUCUCCCUAUAGUCAUCACUGGUUACCCAAAUUUCUCUUCUUAAUCAACUUUUCACAUUCAUUUCUGCAUUUUUAUAGGAAUAUACUUGUUAUCAAUUCGUUGCAGACAUAAUUAGCCAAAAACCCAAGAACAAUCAGGCUUAUAAAAUUGAGGGAAACGCCAAGAUUCUACGACCAGACCGAGAAGACGAAGCAAAUGAACAAAGCGAAAGCUUAUCUUGAACUAACCCAGGGAGAAUCGGACCGGGUUUCAUCUCUUGCAUUUCAUCCUCACCGGGUCGGCACGGACUGUAGCUUCUAUGAGUAUUAUGCGCUCAGAGGCAUCCGAGUUGACCGAGUUGAACCGGGUCAAGUUCUUUGCACCUUCAAAGUUCCUCCUCGCCUCACUGAUAGAGAAGGGAAACUAGCAUCAGGCGCCAUCGCGAAUCUAGUUGACGAAGUCGGGGGUGCUGUAGUCUUUGUGGAGGGUCUCCCAAGGAAUGUAUCUGUGGACAUGUCAAUUUCAUUUCUUUCAAGUGCGAAGGCCGAUGAUGAAUUGGAGAUCAUUGGUCGAGUCUUAGGUCGGAAAGGAGGUUAUUCUGGAACAAAUGUACUUGUGAAAAAUAAAGCUACUGGGGAGCUCAUUGCCGAGGGGCGGCAUUCACUAUUUGGUAAACAUGCUAGUAAAAUGUGAUGAAGUAUUUUUCUGGACCAAGAUGCCUCUUUGAAGAGGCGGUUCAGUUUCUACUACCUGGUCCAUAUGUUUUCUUCUUAGAUCAGUAAGUGGUAGUACAUAGUUUUUUUUGUUGCUGCGAUAACAUGUAUUGAGCAGCAUUAUGCCUGUGAGGAAUAAGUGCGAUGUAAAUAUUUGCUUGUUAGUGGAGAUGGAUACAAGAUUUUCAUUUGGUGCCGAGUAGCCAUUGCAUUUGUACUCACACACAGUUCCUAAAUUGUUGGUUGGUGCAUUAAAAGACAAAAAGUUUGUGAUU